AUGCAAAACAGAGUUUGGACCGUUCGACAAAAGGUGAUCGGGAUCAUAGCGCCGCUCCCCGCGUCUUGCUCCACCACUGGAACCUAUUUCCUAGGUGGUGGAGACCGGCCUGUCCAUUCGUUGAGGCGAUCCGGCUACCGAGCCACGGGUCAGAUCUAUGCCCACGACGGAUUUGUCAAGAGUCUCCUAACUGGUGAUGCCAUCGAGCUGCAGUGGAACCACAUGGAGCUAUAA